CAUGUCAUGAGUACUGCCAGCCAAACUUGGGGCCGAAUUUGAAUUGAUAAUAUGAUCUAUGGUUCUAAAUGUUGCGCGAAGUCACCCGGUGACUCGGUGUACAUAUCAAUAAAUACGUACCAAUGCCCGGUCUAGUAGCGUUCUCUGCUCCCUUCCAAUCUUCGCCUAUUCUGAUUCGACAUGACCUCCCCAACUGAGAUUGCAUUGCGUCUUCAGGUUGUCAAGUAUUUUAAGAUGAUAGGAUUGACGAUCUUGGUCUUUGACUAUUGUAUCAAGCUAGAAGCUGAGAUCGACCUCACUUGGGGGAGGAAGUGGGAUUUGAUCCGGGUCCUUUUCGUGGUGGCUCGAUACGUGCCUUUUAUUGUCGUUCCGGUGGACUUGAUUUAUUCCCUUGGACCCACAUCACCAGAGAUUUGCUUAACGCUCUACCAUGUCAUCUCGUGGGUUAACAUAAUUGGCAUCGUUGCCGCAGAAGCACUCCUGCUUGUUAGGACGUACACAUUAUGGGGAAGAAACAGAGUGUUACUUGUUGCCCUACUAAUACUCGCGCUGGGCUGCACUGCAGGAUCUGGGGUGGUCGGUGCCAAGGCUUUAUCCUGGUUCGAGUACCAGGAUCCCCCACUAUCAACUUCCGGUUGUUAUCAAACCCAUAGAGUUGCAAUAUACGCAACCAACUAUACCCUACUGGUUCUUUUUGAGACAGUCAUACUAUCCCUCAAUGUUAUUCAAGCCUUGCGUCGACGAAGACAACAUGGCAGCCAUCUCAUUACGCGUCUGUACUGGGAUGGCAUAGUCUAUGUUCUGUGUAUACUAGCAAUGUCAAUAGCCAACAUCAUAGUUAUAGGUUUCCUGCCGUCGGAAUAUGCAGAGUCUGUCGACACACUCCAGUUGGUGUUUCACAGCGUCUUAUCCGCCCGCCUUAUUUUCAACUUACGAGCCAUCAUACGACGACGACAUGAGCAAGCCAUCCCACUAUCGGAAAUGGACCCAGAUGUCGAAUAUAGUAGAUGCGACAUUUCUUCGCGCUAGAUAUUUCAGCCUGUACAACCUAUUGAAAAUCAACUU